AUGGAGCACCUGAAAAGUAAAUUUUCAAAUGAACUGUCUUCGGACAAAUUCCGCACACCAUCUCGACGAGGAGUGAAGGUCCCUGCGCGUCUUGAACGAGAUUUUUCAACCAAGACGAAGAAACGUUUGCAUCUGACCAAAUCGCGAUCUCGCCAAGCCACCCACGUUCGCAAGGGCGUCGUCAAAGUGUCGAAGUCUCCGUCAUCGGUCCCGACGUCCAUCGCCGCCACCACGCCCUCCCAAGACGACGACCGGCGCUGCAUCCCCGAGUCGCGCAUGUACCUGGAGCUGGCGCAGAAGUUGCUGAUCAUGCAGCCGACGCAGUCCGAUCUCUCCUCGUCCGCAAUGGAGGCCAAAUCGUCGUCCGAAGUGUCGUCGCGCACGGCGAUCGGGCUUCCGUCCCAAGCGUCGCUCCCGGAACCGAACCUCGUCCCGUCGGUUGACUCGCGGCGCGUGUCGCCCCAGCAGUCGUCGUCAGAGUCCUCCCCCGCGGCGUUUGUGUCGUGCGACGGGUCCGCCGGGUCUUCGAAGCAGGUGCUGCCGACACCGAGGGCCCCGCCCAAGCUU